UAAUAUGUAAACACGCACACACAAACACACAUAUAUAUACCGCGAUUCUUAUUUCUCAGAGACCAUACGAAAAUCUUCUUCCAUUUUUUCCGUCUUUCAUUCUCCGAAGAAUUUGAAACACAUAAAAACAAACCCAGAAGAACAAGAAAAAAAAAAAAAACCGUAUAGUGAGCGAGAACGCCAGAGCUCUAAUGGCUAUGGCUUCUGAAAGAUCGAAGCAACUACACAACUUCUCCUUACCAUACCUCAAAUGGGGCAAUCAAAAAUUCCUCCGCUGCAUCAAAAUCCCUUCAAAUUCCGACGAACAGUCUGCUCCGACCCAUCACCACCGAUCUUCUGGGUCGGAGCUGAAAAAAUCUGAUCCCUUUCGUAUCAAAUCCAAUUCCAAGCCGAACCCAGUUCGCGAUUCGGGUCUGAUUUCGAAUACCCAAAUGGACGAUGACGACAGCAACAACAUCGAGGCUGUUCGGGAAAAGCUUUUGCUUGAUCUCAGAGUUGCGGCGAAGAGGCUCAAGGUUAGUAUUCUUGAAGAAGGAGCUAAGGACGUGUCGUUGGUGGCGGCGGCGGCGGCGGAGGCGGAGGCCGAGGCGAGCAGACCUUGGAAUUUGAGGACCAGAAGAGCAGCGUCUAAUUUCCAAACCGCCGAGCAAGUGAAAACGAACGGCGAAUCGAGGUCAUCUCCGGUGAAGAAGUUGACGGUUGAGAAGAAAGAGAGAGCCAAGUUUUCGGUUUCGCUUUCUAAGCAAGAGGUGGAGGAGGAUUUCGCAGCAAUGGUUGGGACUAGACCGCCAAGGAGGCCUAAGAAGAGAUCAAGAACCGUUCAGAAACAAUUGGACUUAUUGUUCCCGGGAUUGUGGUUGGCAGAAGUUUCACCAGAUUCAUACAAAGUUGCUGAUAUUCCCGAGUCAUGAAAGGGGAAGAGAUUAAAGCAUAGCUAGCUUUUUGGGAGUUAAUGUUCUGCUUACUAACUGCUUGUGCAUUGUGCAUUGUGAUCUAAAUAAUGGUAAUAGAUAUAAGUUAUGUAAAUUGGAAAAUUCAAUAAAAAUGGCAUUUGGGAAUAAUUUCUGACCUCCUGUUAUGUAUCAGAAUUACGUUCGUAUGCUAAUGGUACUGGCUAUUUCCAGUCCUUGUUUUGAUUUAUUGGAAAUACAUAACAUAUCGAAUUGCAAGGGGAAAGCUAGGAUUUUUGGUGUGAAAA